CCAUGUGGGCUUCGACAGCCUCCCCGACCAGCUGGUCAGCAAGUCGGUCACUCAGGGCUUCAGCUUCAACAUCCUCUGUGUGGGGGAGACUGGCAUUGGCAAGUCCACGCUGAUGAACACGCUCUUCAACACCACAUUCGAGACGGAGGAGGCCAGCCACCAUGAGGAGUGUGUGCGCCUGCGGCCCCAGACAUACAACCUCCAGGAGAGCAACGUGCAGCUCAAGCUGACCAUCGUGGACGCUGUGGGCUUCGGGGAUCAGAUCAAUAAGGACGAGAGUUACAGGCCCAUCGUCGACUACAUUGAUGCGCAGUUUGAAAACUAUCUGCAAGAGGAGCUGAAGAUCCGGCGCUCCCUCUUCGACUACCAUGACACCAGGAUCCACGUCUGCCUCUACUUCAUCACCCCCACGGGCCACUCCCUCAAGUCCCUGGACCUGGUGACCAUGAAGAAGCUGGACAGCAAGGUGAACAUCAUCCCCAUCAUUGCCAAGGCGGACACCAUCUCCAAGAGCGAGCUCCACAAGUUCAAGAUCAAGAUCAUGGGCGAGCUCGUCAGCAACGGGGUCCAGAUCUACCAGUUUCCCACCGACGAUGAGGCUGUGGCAGAGAUCAAUGCGGUCAUGAAUGCACACCUGCCCUUUGCUGUGGUGGGUAGCACCGAGGAGGUGAAGGUGGGGAACAAGCUGGUCCGAGCACGGCAGUACCCUUGGGGAGUGGUGCAGGUGGAGAACGAGAAUCACUGCGACUUUGUGAAGCUAAGGGAGAUGCUGAUCCGGGUGAACAUGGAGGAUCUCCGGGAGCAGACCCACAGCCGGCACUACGAGCUCUACCGGCGCUGCAAGCUGGAGGAGAUGGGCUUCCAGGACAGCGAAGGCGACAGCCAGCCCUUUAGCCUACAGGAGACCUACGAGGCCAAGAGGAAAGAGUUCCUGAGCGAGCUGCAGAAGAAAGAGGAGGAGAUGCGGCAGAUGUUCGUCAACAAAGUGAAGGAGACGGAGCUGGAGUUGAAGGAGAAGGAAAGGGAGCUCCACGAGAAGUUUGAGCACCUGAAGCGGGUGCACCAGGAGGAGAAGCGCAGGGUGGAGGAGAAGCGGCAGGAGCUGGAGGAGGAGACCAGCGCCUUUACCCGCAGGAAGGCGGCCGUGGAGGCCCUGCAGUCGCAGGCCUUCCACGCCACCUCGCAGCAGCCUCUGCGGAAAGACAAAGACAAGAAGAAUUAACGCACCCACAGACUUUACAUGUCAAGAGUGGACUUUAGCCUUUCAUGUGUUAAGUUGCGUGAAUCACACCUUGUGACCCUUCACCCAUAACAUGGUGUGAGGACGGACUGGGAGCUGGUACAGACUCCAGUGUUUACAGCCUUGCUUCACCUGACCCCCGAUCCUGGCCCAGCUGCCCCCGGGCCUGGCGGGCCACCAUCUCUAUGCAAACACGGAAAAGCCAUGAAAGCUGGAGCCCAAACUGACGAGGUUUAUUUUUUGCAGAGCCAGUGGCUGGUCUUCCAUUUACAGUGUCACUAUUCCAUGAUGGAGCAGUCAUGGGCCCCGCUGGCCGGCCAACGCCAGGCCUGUUUGUCCAGCGUCAAGAUGGCAACCUGUGGGUGCCCUCGGUGCAGCCGCUGGGCCCAGUCCACAUGCCGCAGCGUCUACCCGGCUGCCCUCUGGUUUAUGUUUUUUCUAACCAAGUGCUUCAUUUCAAUAACCUCUUUUUUAAAGACAAAACAAACUUCCUAAAUUUUUAUUUUGGCGAUGAGCAUAAAGAUGAAUUGUUCCCUCUACCGUUAUUUUCCUACGUUAACACUGUCUUCCUGGUUUUCACAAACUAAAAACCCCUCUAAACGGUUCUGAUGUGUACCAAGGUGCCUCUCCGUAGAGGAGAGGCGAGGAAUAAACGUCCAUGACCGUGUUUGGAAUUUCUUUGCGGAUGGAAGUGGACCACCGGCACAACAGGGGCCCAGUGUUGCCACUGUGCAUGUAAAUGGAACAGCAGCCUAAAGCCCUGUGGCCCUGGGGGCUCCCUGUGCACACAGCAGCACCUCAAAGCUGUGCUAAAUGUAUGACUGCAGCUAAGUAAGCCCCACAUGCAGAAUGCUCAGAAGGGUUUUAUUCCAUGGGCAUUGAUUGCUUCCUUCUAUGACCAAGCCCUGGGGCCUGAAGACGCUUGCUGUGCCUGGUUGGUUGAAGGAACAAAAGAGAGACCCCAAGAGCAGCUAAAGUGCUUCCCCCCACCCCUUGCCACCCUACCCCCAAAGAGUGCUAGCCCAGUGACGGUUUUCUCCACCAGCCACUGGGAGUUGGGUUGAAGACAGUUGUAAAAAGGGAGGCUGAACUGAGCAGAAGAGAAGGAAGCCCCUGUGUUUCAUGUUGAUGAAGCCGUGUGCUGCGCACUGGGGCUACUUAGCGUCUCGCCCGGCUCCUGCCCUUCAAGCGCUCACAGGCCAGUGUUCUGAGCUGGACGCCUUAGGAAGCCAUGCUAAAUUAUGAUUGGACUCACGGCUCAUUUUUUCAAGCCCCCAGUCUCCACUGCCCCCCCUCACCACCGUGACCUGCUUGACGUGCACAACCACGGGCUCCCUUCCUCCUGCCCCUCUGAGAUGGUGGGACUGAGGGUGACGGUGCCCGGAAAGAGGGGCCCCGACACCAGGCCUGGAGCCAGCUUCAUUAAUGUGUGAAAUGAACGUUCACCAAGUGCCAUGCCAGGGACAGACCCAGGUUUCCUUCUCUGAAAAGACUGUCGAAGUAACCUUCGGUACAGGACCUUGUCAGGGGCCCUGAGGAUGGAGCCUCAGGAGCGUGACAGCCAUGGCUGAAAGCCAGUGCUUCAGUGUUGCCAUCUCAAAAGCCCCCCACCCCCACCCCGGCACUGUCUAAGUAGAUAGCAGGUGGCACAGAGGUCAGCCUUAGGCUGCACACCACAUGGUGGUUGUAAACUACCAGCCGCUCCUCGCUCCUCAGGAGAAUGAAGAGGCAGCUUCCUUAAGAUGACAGCCGUGGGAAUCCCAUGGGGCAGUUGCCCCGUUCCGUAGGGUCUCUCUGAGCCAGAAUCGAUCUGUUAGCACCCGACAAGGCAGUUAGGGACCGUGGGAGACUUGUCUUCAGGAUACUGAUACGUCUUUAAGUGUAUUCCCUUGGGUCUCCAUGUGGCCUUUGAGAUCACCUCUCUCUACCAAUGUAUUUCUGCAGGUGAGGUCCACUGUUAUGUAGGAGGGCCAGCCAGCUCUUGACUGAGCCUGUCCCCCACUGCCUGCAGGCAGCACCCAGGGCACCCUGGAAGGCCACUGUUGUGCCUGCCUGUGAUCCCAGGGUUUCUCCAUUUGUGGGGGGACUGCGCUUCCUGUGCUUCAGCGAGCUUCCCUGCCCCCACCCCUGCCUGCCCCCCAUCCCCACCCUCUAUUUGUCUUUGGGAUUUUUUUUCAACUGAGACCAAAUUACUCCGUGGUGCAUAAGGCAAGCUUAAGGCUUACCAUUAUCUAACAAGCCCCCCUUGUGGACUGGACCCUUCUUUCUCAAGGAGCUCUGGGGGUUGAAGCCUUGGCUGCUAACCAAGAGGUCAGCAGUGUGGACCCCCAGCUGCUGUGCAGGAGGAGGAUGUGGCAGUUUGCCCCCGGGCGGGUUCUUCGCUGCCCUGUGGGGGUGCUGCAAGUCCAGACAGGGGGCUUGUAUGCGUGUCUCUUUCUCAGUGCCUCCGCUGGCAUCAUGAGGGCAUCUAGGGGGAUCGUGUUGGCAUCUGCCAUCAUGGCUUCCAGGAGCCACAUUGACUUUGUGUAGACUUACCGUGUAAUUCCUGUCAAACGGAGGCACUUCUGAGAAUGACUGACUCAUUACGUCAGGUCAGCAGGUGUACCCUGGGACUCUCCCUGGCAAACCAGCAUGUAUGGCCAGGCCAGGUGUGGGCAGCCCAAAUCUCCAUGGUCGCACUUGUAUGACCACUGCUGUGUGUGCGUGCGUGUAGGUUUCCUGUUCAGUGGGGCUCACAUGACUGGAUAAGAGGCCCCAGGAAAGUGUGGCUUGCUGGUCUGUUACAUUAAUGUGCUUUUCUAAAAACAGCUUCAUUUGUUAAUUCAUUUACUCCAUUCAUUGACUGUUUUUGUUCCUUUCCAUUUACUUUGUAGUCUUUUUUUUCUCCCCCUCCCCCCAUUAAAUUUUGCAUUUAUUUUGA